AUGGGUAAGCAAGAGUUUAAGCCAAAAGAAAAGUUAAGUGAAGUGUUUGUGGCGGGUAAGAAUACUGUGGCUGAAAAAGAUUAUAUCUUUAGUCAGAAAGCAGUUGAUGAUUUCAAUGCAGCCAAAAAGUUGAAAGAAGAAAACAACAGAUCUACUUUUGUUGAAUAUGACAAAAGAGUCUGUUACCGCUGCAAUGAGAUUGGUCACAUGGCCAAACAGUGUGUUAAAAGGAUUGAAAAACCAGUUUUCCCAAAACCCAAACCUAAAACUUCAAAUGUUGUGAAGGGAAAAACACUGAUGGUUUCCCCCAUGCGUAUUUUGAAGCGCGGUGAAUCUUUGAAGUCCGAGGACAAGCCAAAAUCAACCUUUGAGAUUGGUGAAUCUUCAAAAUCUCUAAAGACUUCAAAGAUUUAUCCCAAAACGAAGAUUUUUCAAAAUCAAUCAUGGGUGGAAAAACCUAAACAAUCGUUUGAAGAAAAGAAAAUGGAAAAGGAUUUAAAAUCUGAGCCAACACUUAUUAAGAAUGCUAAGUAUGAUGCAGAAAGUAAAGUGAUAACUUCAAUUGUUAGCUUAAAUGGUGAAGAUAAAGAGAUCGUCAUCACAAAACAACUUGUUCGUGAAGUAUUAGAUUUUCCGGAUGAUGAAGAUUCACCAACGAAGUUUCCAGAGAGAAUGGUUAAGGGAUGUAUGUUGAGGAUGGGAUAUAAUGGUCCGCUGAACAGUGCAAAUUAUUCAAAAGCAUGUUUCUCAAAGCCUUACAAAUUUUUCAUUCAUUCAGUGAUUCACGCUCUCAGUCAUAGAAAAGGGGGACAUGAUGCGCUGAGAGAUUACCAGAUGAAUAUGGUGACUGCUUUAGUAUUGAACAAAAAGUACAAUUUUUCGAAAAUCAUUUUCCAUUACAUGAAAGAAAACAUUACAUCAGGCAGUAAAACCUGGAUUUAUCCAAGAUUUGUGCAAAUGAUGUUGGAUCAUGCUUAUCCGGAUCUAGUGAAAGAUGAAGAUAAUGAUUUAUUGGCGUUGUAUCACAUGGAUAAUGAUACGUUGAUCAUAUUGUCCAGGUAUCACAAAAAUCAUCCAGAACCAAAAAUAAAGGCAGAAUUCUUCGGAUUCAUCAAAAGUGCAAAUUACGAAGAUCCAGAUCCAGUUGAUCAUCUGAAAUGGAGAAAUGAUGAAGAAAUGAAAGAAAAGAGUGCAACAGAUGAAUUAGCAAAGUUAGCUGAAUUCAAAAACACACGAAAUGAGUGGUUCACGAAAGAAGAAAAUGAAAAAAAGAAAAGAGGAGGUAAGAGAACUCCGAAAGUACAAGCUGAAAAAGGUUCAUCCUCACAACCGAAAAAGAAAUGUCAAAAGAAAACUGUUGAAACAAUGCUGGUCGAUGAACCAGAGGUAGAUAAACCAGAAGCGGAUGCUGAAAGAAAUCAAGACCCAGUAUCUCCUGGAAUGGAACAGUUGUUGAAAAAUAUUGAUUAUGGUUUGGAAACUGGAGAGACAGCUGGUGAGGAAGGUGACAAUGAAGAAAAGAGCUCAUCUGAUUCAGAGGUUGAUGAAACUGAAUGUUGGAAAAAGGUAAUUUCUGAAAAAGAAAAACAGAAGAAAAGAAAGAGGAGUGGAGAUGACGAUGAUGAUUUGUAUAUUCUAUCUCAAGAACAUGUUCAGAGUGUUCAAACACCACCUUCUGAAGGAAGGAAGAAAUGUAGCUCAAGGAAACGUGUUGUAUAUCCUGCGGCCAGAAAGUUGAAAAUCAAGUUUAAAUCAAAGCCUGUAUCAGAACCGCAACAACCACUAUCAGAAGCACAAGCUGAACCACAUCAAUCACCACUACAACAACCAGUUACAGUUAAUGAUGAUGGUGAUGUGUGUUUUGUAGCUGCUGCAGGAGGAUCAACAGGAGUCAAGAGAACAUCAACCUCAAAGCAAACAAGCAGUGCAAAGUCAAUGGCGAUGAGUGUAAAAGAGGGUUCGUAUGACUGGAGCAUUCACUUGGAAAAAGAUGAGAAUGUUACACAAGCAUUUAUGGCAGAGAUCGUGCCAGUUGAAGAAGCUGAAACUGAAGCAGAUGUUGAGAAAGAAAGUGAUGCUGAGGUAAAGAAGGUUGAUCAGACAACUGAAGCUGAAGAGGAAAAGCCAGAGUCUGAGCAUGACAUGGAAGCUGAUGAGAAAGAUGAAAUUAUCAAAAGGAUGGGAGCUCAACUUGCUGCUCUCAUGGCUAACUUAGACAAAGCGACAGGAGAGGGUGAAGUUGACAAAUUGUCAACUCAAAACAAAAACGACAUGCCUUCAUCCGGCACCGGAGAGUCGGACACCACAGACCCUAUGCCCAUAGUGUCGGACGAUAGAGUGUCAUCAGAGCACGAGGUGCAAACUUCAGACACCACCAGGACGGAUGAUGAUGAUUUUCAGCCAUUCGCGCUGCCCGAUGUUGUUGCUGAGCUCGCUGAUGGCCCUAUUGCCGGGGAUUUGCCGCUCGUGGUGAUCCCUGCCCCUGUACCCCUUGCCGCGUACCCUGUUCUUGAUAUGCUCCUUGACGUAGUCGCUGACGACGACAUCGACUUGUUUGACGAGGAUCCACUAGAGGAUGAUUUUGAGGGCGAGGCCCACAUAGCUGCUGGCGAUCUCUUACUUCUCGCGGAUGCUCCUGCUUAG